UCAGUUUGGAAUAGAUGAUGAGUGACUUCAGUGAAGAACUGACAAAGCUUGCUGGGGCUGAGGAUAACCCAGAAACGUCAGAGUUCUCUAAGACAAGAAUGCAUUUCCCAUGGCUUCAGAAGCAUAUAGAAGCAGUGGCUGUCAACAAAAAGAAAAUUAUAAGUGAUGAGGAUGAUGAUGAUGACAAUGAUGAUUAGGAUGAGGAGGAUGAUGACGAUGAUGAGGAUGAGGAUGAUGAUGAUGAUGACGACAACAAUGAUGAUGAGGAUGAGGAUGAGGAUGAUGACGAUGACGAUGAUGACGACGACGACGAUGAUGAUGAUGAUGAGAGUGUAGUCUUCCAUUAGGCCAAUAAAGGCUAUUUAUUUGAGCAGACAUUUUGCCAGUUUCUGGGCUGGUUGCCUGGGAUCGUUGGUGGUCUGAGCAGCUUGUGGAGCUCUGGUUAAUUACAGAGUCUGCUUCAGGGAGCCAGCUGAAGCGAAGUGGUCUUCAUUUCUAAUUAGCUUUCAGUGACUGGAGGGAAGAAGAGGAAGGAUUUUGCUCAGACGACAAGUGCUUGUCUAAGCUUCCUCCAAGAAGCCCUGCUGAAGCACCAGUGGUGUCGAGCUGCGGAGUACAUGCACAGUUACCUGCAGACCCUGGAAGACUCAGACACCUACAGGAAACAGGCUGCCCCUGAGAUCAUUUGGAAGCUUGGAAGUGAAAUUCUAUUUUACCACCCCAAAAGCAACGUGGAGACUUUUAGUAGCUUCGCUGACCGGAUGAAAAAUAUUGGUGUCUUGAAUUAUUUAAAGAUCUCCUUACAACAUGCGUUGUAUCUUUUACAUCAUGGGAUGCUUGAAGAUGCAAACAGGAAUCUAAGUGAGGCAGAGACGUGGAGAUACGGUGAAAAGUCGGCUUCUCAGGAAGUGUUAAUUAAGCUUGUUCAGGCCUACAAAGGCCUCUUACAGCACUACUCUUGGUCCAAGAAGAAGAUGGAGUUGUCAGAGCUCGAUGAGGAUGAUUAUGCUUACACUGCAAAAUCCCGGAACAUGCUCAGCCAGAGCAGCAAGACGUCUACAAACAUCUGUACGCUGAUUAAAACCCCUGGGGUUUGGGAUCCUUUUGUGAAGAGCUAUGUGGAGAUGCUGGAGUUCUAUGGUGACCAAGAUGGAGCCCGAGAGCUGCUCACCAAUUAUGCAUAUGAUGAGAAGUUCCCGUCAAACCCCAAUGCCCACGUCUACUUAUACGAGUUUCUCAAGAGAGAGAAGGCGCCAAGGGCGAAGCUCAUAAGUGUUCUUAAGAUUUUACAUGAGAUUGUGCCAUCCCAUUCACUAAUGUUAGAAUUCCAUACGCUGCUUAGAAAGUCAGAGACAGAAGAACACCGGAAACUGGGCUUGGCCGUGUUAUUUGAAGUCCUAGACUUCUCUGGAUGCACUAAGAACAUAACGGCUUGGAAAUACUUGGCAAAGUAUCUGAAGCAGACGUUAAUGGAAAGCCAUCGUGAGUGGGUUGAAGAAGAGUGGAAGUCCAGGAGAAACUGGUGGCCAGCCUUUCACUUCAGCUUCUUUUGGGCAAAGAGUGACUGGAAGGCAGACGCUGAGCUGGCUUGUGAAAAGGCUUUUGUAGCUGGAAUCCUUUUAGGGAAAGGUUGUAGAUACUUUCGGUAUAUUUUAAAACAAGAUCAUGAAACCUUGAAAAAGAAAAUCAAGCGGAUGAAGAAGUCUGUGAAAAAAUAUACUAUUGUAAAUCCAGGCGUUCACACCUAGGUCUUGAACUUAUUUUACAGUUGUCACUACAGUGUAGUGGUUUGUAUUUUAACUUUAUGUGUCUGUGUGCACAUGUUCAUAUGGAAGCUAGAAGUCAGCAGGACUUUGCUUUGAGUCUGGUCUCUCACUGAGAGCUGGGGCUCACCUCUUAGGCUGGCUGGCCAGGAUGUCCUCCGGAUUCUUCUUAGCUCUGGGAUGAUGAUUGUGGGUACCAUGCCCAGAUUGUUUGUUUUUUAUUCAUUCAUUUAUUUAUUUGUGUAUGUGUUUAUAUAUGUCUACACGUUUACAUGACUUGGCACAAGUAUGACCAGGAGCCGGUAGGGAAGGGGCUGGUCACCUGGAGAAGCAGCCACUGCCUUGGCCCUGGGUCCUCUGUGUUGUCUCACAGGUCUACUGGGUGCUAUACUGUGUACAGUAGAUCAGACUCUUCUAGGAGUCACAGGAGGCUGUGGUACUCGGCCUCCUUCCCAUUUGUUCCUCUGCCAGCUUCACUUCCACACCCCACAGCUACUGAUGGGCUCUGUUGAGGGGAUAGAGAGGAUAGGAAGAGAAAGGUAGGAGGAAGGGGGAGGGAGAGGAGGAGGAGGGGGAGGAGGACUCCUUUCUCUAUUGGAUUUAACCAGAGCAGGUGGGACCAAGUGACUCUGGUCCUUUGACUCUAGAGGACUGAUUCGAGUCUGUGCUAGAAGAGGUGUGGCUAACCUUAGGGGGCAUGGUGAGCUAGGAUACUUGGAUGUUCCUUCUCCGCUUUCUCUCAGAAAUGAGAAUACAACAAUAGGAUCUCUACCCAUGAAGUAACAUCCUACAGGUAGGAAGUAAGCCCAGUGGGCAGCUUCCCCAAAGCCAGUGACGUGUUCCAGGAGCACACACUGGGCUCUGUAGUGUAUUAUGCUGCUAAAUGGGUCUAAAGAAUGAUCUUGGCUGUCAUGUAGUUAUUGUUAAAGUGACAGUACUUGGAUUCCAGGAAGGCUCAUUGAUGUUCAGGUGACAAGCCACACAUUUCCCCUUUGACUUAUUACCCCACCACCUUUAAAUAAUGUACAAUAAAAUUGGACAAGUUAUGCUUUGUCAAUAA